AUGCUGCGAGUCAGGUGUCUGAGAGGAGGUAGCAGAGGGGCCGAGGCUGCCCAUCUGAUCGGAGCCAUGCUCGGCCGGUCGGUGACUGGAUGGGUGCAGAGAGCCUUCCAGAGCACCUCCAGUGCAGCAGCUGUUCAGUCCCACGCGGCAGAAGAGGAGCAUGUUACUGGGCUUGUGCCGGAGGACUGUCCCGUCAGCUGCUUCAAUGAAUGGGACCCUCUGGAGGAGGUGAUUGUGGGUCGUGCUGAAAAUGCCAAUGUCCCUCCCUUCACUGUGGAAGUGAAAGCUAACACAUAUGAGAAGAACUGGCCCUUCUUCCAGAAGUAUGGGGGCCAGCCUUUUCCUGAGGACCACUUGAAAAAAGCUCAUGCUGAGAUUGAAGAAAUGUGCAAUAUCCUUCGUCACGAAGGCGUCACUGUGAGGAGGCCGGAACCCAUGGACUGGUCCAUGAACUACACCACCCCAGAUUUCUCAUCCUCCGGCAUGUACGCUGCCAUGCCCAGAGACAUCCUCCUGGUUGUGGGUAAUGAGAUCAUCGAGGCUCCCAUGGCCUGGAGAUCUCGCUUCUUCGAGUACCGGGCCUACAGACCUCUGAUGAAGGAAUACUUCAGUAAAGGUGCAAAAUGGACCACUGCUCCCAAACCCACCAUGUCUGACGAGCUGUACGACCAGGACUACCCCAUGCGCACAGUGGAGGACAGACACAAGCUGGCCGCCCAGGGGAAGUUUGUAACCACGGAGUACGAGCCCUGUUUCGACGCCGCUGAUUUCAUUCGAGCCGGGACGGACAUUUUUGUGCAGAGGAGUCAGGUUACAAAUUAUAUGGGAAUCGAAUGGAUGCGUCGUCAUCUGGGAUCAGACUACAAGAUCCACAUCAUCUCAUUCAAAGAUCCCAACCCCAUGCACAUCGACGCCACUUUCAACAUCAUCGGGCCUGGACUGGUGCUGUCCAACCCUGAUCGCCCGUGUCACCAGAUUGAGAUGUUCAAGAAGGCCGGCUGGAAUGUUGUGAAACCUCCAACGCCUCUGAUGCCUGAUGACCACCCACUGUGGAUGUCCUCCAAAUGGCUGUCCAUGAAUGUCCUGAUGUUGGACGAGAAGCGUGUUAUGGUUGAAGAACAUGAAACCACCAUUCAGAAAAUGUUUGAGAAUCUUGGUAUCAAGACCAUAAAGGUGAGCAUUCGCCAUGCCAACUCCCUGGGUGGUGGCUUCCACUGCUGGACAACCGAUGUCCGCCGCCGUGGUACCCUGCAGUCCUACUUCCACUAG